UAUUAUGUCAACAAAGAUUUAUAUAACUUUUAGCAAAUAUAAGUACGAGCAAUCACUAGAAGGAAAAUUACGACCAGCAAUAUGAAUCCGCAAGGAUUUUUCUUUUGUAUAAAAGGCGAGCGAUGUUGGAACGAUGGCAUUAAGUCUUCAAGUGUUGUGAACUACUUUGGAAUUUAAUUGAAGAUCUUAAGAAUGAAGCCAGUGACAGCAGCCAUCUUGAUUUCUCUUGCCUGCAUGGUGCAGUGCGGAAAGGAUAUGUAUACGAGUAGAUACGACAGUAUGAACGUAGACGACGUUAUAGGAAACCAUAGACUCCUACACGCUUACGUCAAGUGUAUGCUUGAUGAAGGAAGAUGUACUGCUGAAGGAAGGGAAUUGAAGAAACACAUUACGGAUGCUCUCCAGACCGGCUGCAGCAGGUGCACUGACGCUCAGAAGAAAGCCAUACGACAUGUGAUCAAGCACUUGAUUGAACACGAACACGACUUCUGGGCACUACUUGUAGAAAAGUAUGACCCUCACAGAAUUUACACCACCAAAUAUGAGGCAGAAAUGAAAAGGACGAUGAGAUCAAAAGAACAAAUGUCAGAAUCUGGUGCAGGACAUGAAAAAGCAGAUAUGAAAAUGAUGGAAGAUGGUCCAGGAUAUAAAAAGGCAGAUAUGAAAAUGAUGGAAGGUGGUUCAGGGCAUGAAAAAGCAGAUAUGAAAAUGAUGGAAGGUGGUCCAGGACAUGAAAAGGCAGAUAUGAAAAUGAUGGAAGGUGGUCCAGGACAUGAAAAAGCAGAUAUGAAAAUGAUGGAAGAUGGUCCAGAAUAUAAAAAGGCAGAUAUGAAAAUGAUCGAAGGUGGUUCAGGGCAUGAAAAAGCAGAUAUGAAAAUGAUGGAAGGUGGUCCAGGACAUGAAAAAGCAGAUAUGAAAAUGAUGGAAGAUGGUCCAGGAUAUAAAAAGGCAGAUAUGAAAAUGAUGGAAGGUGGUUCAGGACAAGAAAAAGCAGAUAUGAAAAUGAUGGAUAAAAUGAGCUCUAAAACUGGCAUGGCUGAAAAAAAGAGAGCUUAAAACGAAAUGGCUGGAACAACCGACAUAAAAUCCAAAAUGACCGAAACAAUGUAAUAAGUACCUAUAAUCCACAGUUAAAACAUAUGGAAAAAUUAUCCAAUUAAUAAUUAUUAUUAUUAAUAAUUUAAGUUAAUGAAUAAGUUUUUGUUAUUAUAAUUAUUAAUUUUUACACGAUUCUUUUUUAACUCGACGCUAAAAGAUUAAUGAUAUUUUUUACUACUGUUUUGUUGAGCAAUGUGUAUUAUUGGUAUUAUUUAUUUAUGAGAUUUGUAACAAUUUAGAUAUUAUAUUUAAUUUAUUGUAAUUAUUUUUAAACUAUUUAUUAUUGUUAUUUUAAUUAUAAGUAACGUAAUCUAAUUAAAGAGCAAUUUAAAAAUAUA